AGCUUUCUUAGUCCGACCAACUUCAUCCACAUUCAAAUUCUCUCUAAUGUUGUGAAGAUGAAGAAGCCAAGAACCUGCGAAUCUGAAUCACUCGAGCAAUGGGCGAUUCUUGUCCUCCCCUUCCUCCCACCUUCCGCCCUCUCCGCCGCAGCCGCCACCUGCCGCUCCCUCCGCCGGAUCGCCGCCGCUAUCAACUCUCGCCGUAUGGCCGACGCCGCUCGUGGCCUCGAGAUCUAUCCAAUCCCUUUUCAUAACCCCACCUCGGAUCCCAUCCCUUAUUCCUACUUCCUUUACUCCAGCUCCUCCUUCACUUUUCCGCGUCCUCACUUUUCUCAGUCCUGGGGUGGAAGCCCUUCAAAGCAUGUGGCGAACUCCUUCUCUCUGGCCGAUUUCAUAUCUUCUGUCGCAGAAGUCAGCUUCUUCUCUGGAUGUGAAUGCAUCAAUUGCUCCUUCGAUGGGAUAUGUCCAUGCUCCGGCUUCGAUGAUGGUGGAGGAAUUGGAAUAGGGUCGUUGGGAGAAUGUGGGGCGGAUUGCUCAUGUGGGUUGGACUGCGUGAAUCGGAUUACGCAGAGAGGAAUCGGCGUUAGGGUUAAGAUUGUUAGACAUUUGAAGAAGGGCUGGGGAUUGCACGCGGAUCAGGUCCUGAACAGAGGGGAGUUCAUUUGCGAGUAUGCUGGUAUUAUAAAGUUACUGAACUUUUGUCAAGAUUUUGAGUCUUUUCUAAGUCGCCAAUCUGAUGCUUUUGUAUAAUA